UGUACUACUUCAGUUUAUAGAAAGUGCAACUCUGCAUAGAAGUCACCAAUGGCUAAAGCAACUCAUCCAUCUCUUUUCCUCAUUUAUUUCAUUUCAGCUAAUAAUGUUUCUGCAGUACUUGGGAGCCUAACAUUGGCGAACCAACAGAAAACAUGGUGCGUGGCGAAACCUUCGUCCGAACAAGGCACUCUGUUGGCAAAUCUUAACUAUGCGUGUUCGCAGGUGGAUUGUAGGGUUCUGCAGAAGGGUUGCUCUUGCUUUGUACCAGAUAAUCUAAUUAACCAUGCUUCAGUGGCCAUGGAUCUAUAUUACCAGUCUAAGGGAAGGAACCAUUGGAACUGCUAUUUUGGGAACUCAGGACUCGUUGUACUAACUGAUCCAAGCUAUGGGAGCUGCAUUUAUGGAUAAGGAUGAUUCGGAUCUGCAAAGAAAUGAGAUUUGAAUUGUUUUAUGAAUAUAGGAAUCGUUAAUGCUGAAAGAAAGUCUCAUUUAUUA